AUGGAAGUCUCCAAGCCUGUGCCAUCCACCUGCCAAGGAAAAGCACAAGCCUACAGUUUGAACAUUUAUUCACCUCCUGAGCUUGUACAACAGUCGUGGGAGUUGCGGCAGAAGCAAGUGAAAGGCCAGAUGAGCGCUUCUAGGCUUGGGAGGAAGAGAGAGGGAGAGCUCCCCAUCUCUCCCGUUUUCCAGGCGUUCCUGAGAUGUUUUUCUGGAGCUCAAAGCUUUAAGCAAAUGCAGGGUGGCCCAUCACCUGGCAGACAUCUUAGUGAACAGGAGCAGCGGUCUGGGAGACUGCUGGGCUGGCCUAACACCUGGCGCUGUGGUACAGGCAAGAGGGCAGCCACCGAGGAUUCUUGAGGAGAGAGACCAUAGUAUGAAUGAAAGAGUUGGAAAGACGAAUUUAAGGCACUGGAGGCUGAAUCCUUUAUUUUGCUAGAAGAAAAACUGAAUGCCAGAAGGGCCGCACUUUGCCCAAAGCUAUACAGCCAUCAGGGGCAAUGCUGGGACUCUCCCAUGGAUCUCUUGGCUCCUAAUACAGUGCUCUUUCUGAUAUGCCAUCUGGCUCCGUAAUGAACGUGGUGUUCCAGGAAAAUCAGUCUGCGCUGAACAGGAUGGAAUUGGGGCAGGAUGUCCAGUGAGGAGGACAUUUAGGCAGCAGAGCAAAUGAUUGCCAAAUGACCACCUAUCCUACUUAAAAGAUCAACCUCGGGGUGGA